CGAGCUGCGAGUUUUGAGGCGCGGGUUUAGAAUAACCGCAGAAGAAGUGCGCAUGCUGUAACUGUCGGGUUUGGCCUUCUGCUCUACAUUCUGAACUUCGCGACAUGGCGAAAAACCCGGGCAAGAAGAGACAGAAAAAUUCCACAUCGUCUUCGAGCAGCAGCACGUCCGAUAGCACUUCGACGACUGUGUUCGAGGUCACCAAGCCGCCACCGCCGCCGCUGCUGCAGGUCACUACGACUUCUGAAGACGACGAGGAGACCACCAGUCACGAGACAGCAUGCAGGUCUCGGUCGGACGUCGCCAUAAAGAACGUGACCGUACGCCCACAGCAGCAGGGUCUAAGCUAUAAUAUCUAUCUACCUCCGGGUCCCCGCAUCCCAAUAGCCGUCACCAACCAAGGCCUUCAGAUCCAAUCAGCGACACGAGGCGCGAACCCCAGCUCUGACUUCCCCGUGAACAUUCCACCACGAACCAAUGCACCGACUGUAGCAGGGGCAUCGGUGCAGAUGGCUACUUUCAGACAGGAACAGCUUGUGCAAGGACAACCCACCCAGCCUCAACAAGAACAGCCACUACAAAUACCAUCGAUGCAAGGACAAGUUUUACAAGGACAAGUUGUGCGGGGGCAAAUUGUCCUGACUCCACAAACUCAGCGCCCGCCAGUGCAGUUGAUUCAAGGACAGGCAUUACCAGGACAGUUUGCGCAGAACAUGCAGGGACAAGUGGCACCUGGGCAACCUCCACAAGUACAGUCCAUUCCAGCUCAAAUGCCGCAGCUGGGUCAGCUGCAACAAGGACAAACGCAACAGCAGUCUCAGGUUGUUCAGCAGGCACCAAUGGCUCCACAGGUCCAAAUGCAACAACCUCAAAUGGCUCCACAGGUGCAGAUGCAACAGGGACAAGUGGGUCCCCAGCUUCAAGCUCAGCAAAAUCAAGUGCCACAACAGUGUCAAAUGUUUUCGGGACAAAUACAUCAGCAGGGACAGAUCUUGCAAGAGGGCCAAAUACAUCAACACGGCCAAAUGUUACAGCAGGGCCAGCAGCAACAAGCUCAUCUCUCGCAGCAAGGUCAGGGUCUGGUGACGUUAGGACAAAUGCAAAGGCUUCCAAUUCCACAGGGCCAGUAUACACAAGGCAUAUUGCCACGUGGACCGUUCACCCCAGGACAGCUACCCCAAGGAGUGAUGCCAGUCAUUCCUUCCGGACCAUUCGUCCCUUCUAAUUUCCCACCGGGACACCCCUAUGCCACUAUAAGACAGAUGACACCAAGCUAUGUACCUUUACGACGGCAAUCUGCCGGCGAAUCUUCUUCCUCGUCUAGUGAUGAGGAAACCACUACCACGACCUCCGACCAUAAGACCGCAGAUUCCCCCGUAGCAGGAGUGUUCCAGAUACUGCAAGAAGGUCGUUUCAUGCCGACUUUCGUGAACAUGGAGACUGGCGACCAAGGGAAAGACAGAGAGCCGCCAGAAGUGAACGUAGCGCACGACGUACUGGUCACCGUCGAACAGGACCCCGAAGUGUCACCACAAAUGCAGAGAGAGCUUGACAUAAUAAGAGAGGAAGUGAAAAGGCAGACACAGCAACAAAUGCAGCAGCAAAUGAUGCAGCACAUGCAGCAGCAAGCACAGCAGCACAUGCAGCUGCAGAUGCAGCAUAGGCUCCAGGAACAGAUAUCGCAAAUGGAGCAAAAGAUGGCAGAGAAACUUCAUCAGCAGCUGGAGCAACAGCUGGAGCAACAGCGUCAACAAGAAGCACUCACGCAGGCCGUCCUAGAGCAAGAACCUCACGUUGAUAUUUCAGUUGAACAGGUUCGAAUGGGACAUGCUGGUGUUCUCCAGGCUGAUCACCAUCCACCUCGUUCGCCGUCCCCCGUUCGCCCCUUUUCACCACAAGUCGAGCAGCAUCCACGAAGCCCGGUACAGCCUUCAGCGCAAGUGCAGACAACGGCUGAACCAUGCCCUCACGCGCAACUGCUGACUCAGCCACAGAUGCCACCUGAAUUCCGAACCCAAGAGCAACUAGAGAUUCGGCCCACUACGCAAGAUGAAAGUGCGGUUCAGGUGUGUCCCAUGCAUGCAUUUCCCCGUAGACUCGUCGAGGGUGACGGUGAACCCGAAUUCGAAGCCUGCCUGCAAGAGACAAUAGACUCCGACAGUCAAAGCGCAUCGUUGCGAAGCUUUGUUCAGCAGAUGACAGCUCAGUCGAUAAAUACCUCAGAUUCGUUCAUUCAAGUGGAUGUUCAACAGCAGCAUCCGAAAGGAACGACGGAAGAACAUUGUGAAAUUCACUGCGUCCAGUCCCGCAAAGGGAAAGGGCAGUGGCAAGAACACCUAAAGCUUCAAGGAAAGGAACCCUUGCAGUUCAUCGAGGAGGUCUACACCGUAGACACCGAUGAUUCGCUCUCACAGCCCUCCGUACGCGACUUCGCUUUGCAGACUGCGCGAAAUGCAUCGUCUUCGGCGCCUCAAGAUGAAAGCGUGCCACAGGAAAUGGACAAAGUGGUUCGGGAGCUGCAAAGGCAAGAGCGAAACAUAAAGGCACUAUUACAUCAGCAAAUGUUGGAAAGACACGAACAAGCUAUGGACGAUAUCUUGCGCCAGGAGGAAUUCGAGAAAAAGGAGCAGGUCCUGCGGGACCGGCUGCGCGCUCAAGAGCUUGAAAGGCAGGGCCUAGCUGAGCUGGAUUUUCAGCGUCAGCAAGAAUUCGCGAUGCGGGAGCGGGACCUGCAGGAACGCGUGCGUCGACAACAAAUCGAAAGGGAUGAAAUGUUCGCAGACGUGCGACAACGACAGGAAGAAUUUGAGCAGCAGGAACGUGUGUUGCGAGAGCGUCUGCGCCAGAAGGAGUUGGAGAUUCAGGAAAUGGAUAUGCAAGAAAGACAUCGCUUAAAAGGAUUCCAAAUGCAAGAACAAGUCAUGCAGGAUCGUGUUCGUCAGAAGGAGCUGGAAAUGCAAGAGUUGCACAUGCAAGAGAUGAUGCGAUUGAAAGACUUUGAAAUGCAAGAACAGGCUAUGCAAGAAAGACUACGGCAGAAAGAGCUCCAGAUUCAGGAAAAAGUAAGGCAGGAACGUCUCCUUCAGAAAGAGUUCGAGAUGCAUGAAGCAGCUAUGCAGGGACGUUUACGUCAGAAGGAGUUGGAAAUGCAAGAACAAGCCGUCCAAGAUCAUCUUCGCCAAAAGGGGUACGAACUGCAAGAACAGGCCCUGCAGGAGCGCUUGCGUCAGCGAGAGAUGGAGCUGAACGAGCAGGCUGUGCAAGAGCACCUUCGAAAGAAAGAUCUCCUGAUGCAGGAGGAAACGUUGCAGGAACGCAUGCACCAACAAGAGCUCGCUCAACGACUGGCGGUCCAACAGGAGCUGGCUCGCCAGCAACGCAUUCAGCAAGAUAUUAUUGAACAGCAGCAAGAGCAGCUUAAACGCCUUUCACAGCAGAUCGCUGCGCAAGAACAACUUCAGCAGCAACUUCAGACACAAGAGGUGCAGAAGCAACGUCUUGCUGAACAGGCUCUCGCUGAAAAGAAAAUCACGCUCGACGAGUUGUCGCAAGAAGAGCGAAUGAGACACGAUGCAAUCCGUGAAGCUGAAGCGCGACAUCGUGAUCUGUUACGACAGCAGGAGCUGCUGAGACGAGAGCUAUCCCAUCAGACACUGGUUCAGAGACAGCUGUCGUCGGAAAUCGUCUUGAGGAAAGUUGAGCAGCACGAACAACGGAGAACUGUCGUGGACCGCAUUCUGAGACACGAGUCAACGAUUACAGGUUCUAUGCGUGACUUUGGGCAGACGGUAUGGAACGACGAGCUGGGCUUCUCGCCGCCAGGGCCACGGUCUCCAGUGCGAGCUGAUCUACAACCGCAAUACAAAGAUCGCGGUCAACCUCAGCUUCGAUUGCAGGUCGUUUCAGGAUCUGGGACCAGAGCAAGUGGGUCGCAAUCACUUUUGGACGCUCAAAUUCAAGUUGAGGCUGCGAGUCAAGUCCCCCUUCCCCACGUGCUCGCACAAAUGCAGCCGCUAGGGACGUCCAUCGCUGUCCAAAUGGACUCUCGUUCUGAGUCAACACGCCGGGAACCGUCACGAGUACAGGUAACGUCGCAAACCCGUCUUCAGGCACUACACGCUGAAACAAGAGUGGAGCAGCAAGACCCCGCAGCGUAUUCGCCAUCUGAUGCUGAACCUCACAUUCAAGUGCAAAUGCAGUCUCAACCACAUGUUCACUCGCAGUACCCUCCCCAACAACAGGUUCAGCCACAGCGUUUGGUGCAGUCUGAAAUGAAAUUUAGCCCCCAGCUGCACAUGCAGCCACAACCACUAGUGCAGUCUGAAAUGUACAUGCAGGGCAACACCCACAUAGAAAGACAGAAUGCGCUUCAAACGCAUUCUCAUACCCUACCGCAAGCUCAGGCUCAGCCGCAGGAACAGUCGCAGGUACAGUCGCAUGUGCAGGGCCAAGUGGAACUACAAGACCAGUUUCAUACCCACAUUCAAAGGCAGGAUCCAGUUCAAGCGCGUUCUUAUCCUCUUCCGCCCGCUCAGGCUGCACCUCAGCCUCAGUCGCAGCAGCGUGGCCACUUUCAACCGCAGGAGCAGGCUCACACUCACUUUCAGAUAGAGGAUCAGCUUCAAACGCAUCCUCAUACCCUACCACAACCUCAGGCUCAGCCGCAGGAACAGUUGCAGGUACAGUCGCAUGUGCAGGGCCAAGUGGAACUAAAAGACCAGUUUCAUACCCACAUUCAAAGGCAGGAUCCAGUUCAAGCGCGUUCUUAUCCUCUUCCGCCCGCUCAGGCUGCAGCUCAGCCUCAGUCGCAGCAGCAUGACCACUUUCAACCGCAGGAGCAGGCUCACACUCACUUUCAGGUAGAGGAUCAGCUUCAAACGCAUUCUCAUACCCUACCACAAGCUCAGGCUCAGCCGCAGGAACAGUUGCAGGUACAGUCGCAUGUGCAGGGCCAAGUGGAACUAAAAGACCAAUUUCAUACCCACAUUCAAAGGCAGGAUCCAGUUCAAGCGCGUUCUUAUCCUCUUCCGCCCGCUCAGGCUGCAGCUCAGCCUCAGUCGCAGCAGCAUGACCACUUUCAACCGCAGGAGCAGGCUCACACUCACUUUCAGGUAGAGGAUCAGCUUCAAACGCAUUCUCAUACCCUACCACAAGCUCAGGCUCAGCCGCAGGAACAGUUGCAGGUACAGUCGCAUGUGCAGGGCCAAGUGGAACUAAAAGACCAAUUUCAUACCCACAUUCAAAGGCAGGAUCCAGUUCAAGCGCGUUCUUAUCCUCUUCCGCCCGCUCAGGCUGCAGCUCAGCCUCAGUCGCAGCAGCAUGACCACUUUCAACCGCAGGAGCAGGCUCACACUCACUUUCAGAUAGAGGAUCAGCUUCAAACACAUUCUCAUCCUCUACAGCACGCUCAUGCUGCUCCUCAGGCUCAGUCGCAGAUUCAGUUGCAGUUGCAGGGCCACUUACAGCCGCAGGACCAAGCUGAACUGCGGACCCAAAUUCAAACAUGCUCUCAUCCCGAAGUGCAUCCUCAAGUGCAAGCUCAAACUCACAUGAGAACUCAGCUGCAGCCUCAAGUACAACUGCACAAUCCAAUCGAAAUACAACCACAUCAUCAGGUCGAGUCACCAUCACCACCACCGCAAACUCAAGUGCAAGUGAAAGAGCACAUGGAUGCGGAACUUCGCUUGCAACCUGAAAUACCGUCUCCACCUCAAUCGCCACAUCAGCCGCAUGUGCACAUAGAAGCAAACGUGCAACAAAACACUCAAGUGCAGCAACAGAUACAGCAUCCACCCCACGGGCAUGCCGAAUCACAGCACCGUCACAUACAGCAUCAGCAGACGCAGCAGGGAAAACUGCCCCAAACGCACCUACAUCCUGAAUCGCAACAAUUGAGUUCUCCCACGCAUCAGCAUGUGCAACUCCAGUCGGUACAGCAACAAAUACAACAUAUGCACCCUAGCUCUCAAGAACUGCAGCCCCAACAGCACGUCCAGUCCCAGUCCCACUUGCUUCAACAGCAUGCGCAGCUCCAAUCCCACGUUCAUCAACAAGCAUAUGAGUUGUCUCGUGUGCAGCAACCUACGCCAUCACAUCCACGUUCUCUGCAUCAAUUACAGUCUCAGCUAACGCAGCAGGUGCAGUCCCACACUCAUGUGCAUCCGCAAGCUCAGGUGCAGUCGCCAAAUCCUUCACAGCCCCAAACGCUGUCUCGAGCGAUAUCGCAUGCGCACAUUAAUCCGCAGGCUAAAACAUCGCAGCAGAUGCAACCCGAGCAUCAUACGAAUUUGCAGCCACCGGUGCAGCAAAAUAUGCAGAUAAGCAUACAACCGCAACCUCAAUCGCGGCAACAAAUUCAGUCUCAAGUGCACAUUCCACAAGCGCACGUGCACCAACAGGUGCAGUCACAAGUCCAUGUACACCUGCCAAUCGAAACUCCGGGUCCUAUCCGGUCACAGGUUCAUAUACAUCCUCAAAAUCCAGUCCCGAAACCAAUGCAGGCUCAUCUUCAUAUGCAGCAGCAAAUACAGACCCCAGUUCCCGUACAUUCACAAUCCCAAGCGCCAAUUCAGUCCCAAGCUCACAUACAUACACAACCGCAAGCUAAACAGCAAAUGGAGCCACUUAUCCAUACGCAUCUGUCGCUGCAUGAGCGGCCCCUGUUGCAACACCGAUCGCCGUCACCGACUCUCGUCAAUCCACUGUCUCAACCACAACAGCAGAUGCAAUCCCACGUGCAUGUGCAGCCUGAAAGCCUGUCCGUACAAACGCAGCCAUCUGUUCACGUGCAUCCUCGCCCUCAACUGCAGCAGUCUCGAAUGAAAUUGCAGGUGCAGUCCCAGCCUCAUUUACAUCAACAUCACCUGCUGCUACAGACGCAACAGCACUCACACCUCCAGCCGGAAAGACAAGCAAAGGAACAGUUGUUUCAAGUGCAACAUGCUAAUACACAACCUCAACUGGUGACGCAACAGCAUUCGCACCUCCGACAUGUCCAACCGCAGUCUCAACAGCAACUCCCGCAACAUGCUCAUACGCAAUCUCAACUGCUCCAGGUGCAACAGCACUCACAUGCCCAACUGCAGCCUCAACAGAAAGAGCUCGUGAUGCAGUCUAAAGACCAGCAUUCUCAUAUACCGCCUCCACUGUUUCAGUCGCAACAACAUUCACAUCCUCAACCGCACUCUCAUCAGCAACUCUCCGUGAUGAGGUCCGAAGUGCAGGAUACUUACACGCAUCGUCAAAUAUCGGAGCACUCCCAACUCCAAGUGCAUUCCUGCCAACAGCCGCAACCAAAACAACUCCUGACUCAUCAGGCACACCAACAAAUCCAACUUCAAGCGCAAUUACAUUCCCAUUCCCCUGUGCAACUCCAAGAGCAAAUGCAACAUCAAGUGCAGCUGCAUCCUCACUCCGAAUUACUACUUAAACGGGUGACGCCCCAACCCCAGGGACACUCUUACCCCCAACUACGCCCCCAACAACAGACACAGCCUCAUGCGCAAAUGCAUUCCAAUCAUCAGACACAGGCUCAACAGCCGAUGACUCCCCAAUCACAAGGGCAUACACAUUCCCAAAUACAACCACAGCCCCAGCCCCAGCCUCAAGUACAAUUGUACCCUCAUCAUCAAACACAACCUCAACAUCGCACAACGUACCAACAGGAAGAGCGUACACGAUCCCUGUCACCAGAGCACCCCCGUCCUCAGUCACAGACACAACAGCAAGUAGAAUACCAGCCCCCUGUGCAGGGCUACUCCCCAGCUCAACCGCUCCCCUACCAACUGUCAAGUUCAAACAUAAAAAUGAAGUCUGAAGUCGAACUGCACGUAGCUCGGCAGCAACAGCAACAAAUGCAAGCGCAAGUAGAACUGAUGUCUCGAUUUCAGGCGUCCAGCCCUCCUCAUCAGCAACAGCCCUCACAAACCCCACCAAGGUCGGAAGAGCAACCCCUGCAGUAUUAUCCUAGUCAGCUUGUGCACGAAUCGCGACCCAAGAUGCAACAACUGCAGGCUCAGCCGCAUCCGCACAUUCAUCUUCAGCAUCAACCUGAUUCAGAGUCGCUUCGCCAAAAGCAACAGCUGCAGGCCCAUCCACAUCUGCUUCUCCAUCCUGAACUGCAAUCCGAUCAGCAGGCGGUUCUACGAAUGCAACAACUGCAGGCCCAACCCCAUCUGCAUCCUCAUUCUGAACAGCACUCCGAGUCACAGGCGCUUCCCCAAAUGGAACGACUGCAGGCACGACCAUACGUGGACCCGCAUGCUGAACAUCAGCCUGAACAACCUGAACAUCAACCUGAACAACAUGCGCACCCGCAUGUGCAGCCGCCGCUCCCACCACAUCUCCGUACCCAUCCUAGGCAACAACCUGAUCCACAGGAGCUUCUCCAAAUGGAACGACUGCAGGCACGACCAUACGUGGACCCGCAUGCUGAACAUCAGCCUGAACAAUCUGAACAUCAACCUGAACAACAUGCGCACCCGCAUAUGCAGCCGCCGCUCUCACCACAUCUCCAUACCCAUCCUAGGCAACAACCUGAUCCACAGGAGCUUCUCCAAAUGGAACGACUGCAGGCACGACCAUACGUGGACCCGCAUGCUGAACAUCAGCCUGAACAACCUGAACAUCAACCUGAACAACAUGCGCACCCGCAUAUGCAGCCGCCGCUCCCACCACAUCUCCAUACCCAUCCUAGGCAACAACCUGAUCCACAGGAGCUUCUCCAAAUGGAACGACUGCAGGCACGACCAUACGUGGACCCGCAUGCUGAACAUCAGCCUGAACAACCUGAACAUCAACCUGAACAACAUGCGCACCCGCAUAUGCAGCCGCCGCUCCCACCACAUCUCCAUACCCAUCCUAGGCAACAACCUGAUCCACAGGAGCUUCUCCAAAUGGAACGACUGCAGGCACGACCAUACGUGGACCCGCAUGCUGAACAUCAGCCUGAACAACCUGAACAUCAACCUGAACAACAUGCGCACCCGCAUAUGCAGCCGCCGCUCCCACCACAUCUCCAUACCCAUCCUAGGCAACAACCUGAUCCACAGGCGCUUCUCCAACUGCGUGCCCAACCGCAUCUGCGCACCCGUCCUGAGCAGCAACCGGAUCCGCUGGCACCACCACAAAUGCGGGAUUUGCAUUUUUCUUUUCAAGCGGGUUCUCAAGUAAAACUGCAGCCUCAAGUGCAGUCAGGUACUCAGCAUGACAUGCAUGCGCACUCGCCGCUGCACCAUCAGUCGCACGUCGUCGUUGACACUCACGUGCAAGUUGGAGAAGAACCUCUGCAGGAAAGGCUGCCUCCACCACAAAUGCACCGACAACCACAGCUACAACGGCAGAUUCAGCAACAGCCACAAUCAGGCGCUCAUGCGCAGCCUCAAUGCGUUCACGCUCAGCAAAACGCGCAGUCACAAACGAUGCAGCCCGAAUAUCAGCAAUCUCCUUUCCCGGAGCAGUCAGUCGCAGCAGAGCCUCCGCAACGACCUCAUUCGCAACCCCCACCUUAUCCGCGUGUCGCGCCAUCAUUUAGCUACAAGGAGCGGACUGGAGUUGAAGUACAGGAUACCAAGACUGUGAAAGCUACGUCAAUCAGACGAGUGCAUUCCGAGAUCUCCGUCAGUAUGUCUCAAGGAAGCGUCGAGAAGCGAAGAAGCCUGGAGAAAGCGCUCGACAAGCUAUUCGGAGACACCCUUAUGGCUAACGCUUCAACCCAAGCUGAACAUCCCGAGCCACUGCAGCACGUACAACGCCGACCACUGCCGCCACCGCCGGUGCGCCAAGUGCAAGCGUACCCCGUUCUCCACACGCCUUCCCCAGUUUCACCGUACUCGCCUCUUCAAGCGCAUGCGACGUGUGCGCAGACUCCCGACUUUCCUCCGCACUACCACCCACCCCCGUCUCCUCCUUGUCGUUCUGCUCAGGCGCAAACUCACCAACCUUCCCAUACUCCAUCCUACUUGUCUCAAACGCCGUCUUACCAACCUUCCCAAACACCAUCCUUCCUUCCGUCAACUCUCCAGGAACCAAGCCCUCAACCUGAGCACGAACACUGCUAUCAUCACUCUCCGCAGGAGCACAGUCUCGAACCUCAGCGUGAGACGUUAUCUCAGCCAGGCAGCUCCAUCAGCGUGAUAACACCCGAGUGCUCCGUGUCUGCGCAAGUGUCGUGCACACCUUUACGACGAGACGCAGCGUUGCAGACUCAAGUUGAACUUCCUUACCCACAUGCGCUCCCGAGGUCACCGUACCCUUCGCCGCCACUCUCUUCAUCACCGUUUUCUCUUCCGCUUUCUCCACCGUACUCUCCGGUAUACUCGCCACCGGUUUCUCCGCAGUAUUCUCCUCCGUACUCCCCACAACGUUCGCCAUCGCCUUUGUAUGACAAACAUCCAGAAUCAGAGGAGCCAUACGCCAUAUUCCGGGACCUCUUCCCGCCGGAAAUGGAGACAAAGGAUGCCGGUUUACAGACAGACAACUUAGAGCCAUUUCCUGGCGCAUAUAGCCUGCAGGCUUCGCCAAUGCCCGAGCAAUACCAAAUUCGAGCCCGGCAACCAUACCCGUCUACGCAGGUGCCACAACCGUACCCAGUGUUCAGUCAGGGUCAACCGUUCAGGGCGCCACAGUUCAGGACCCCCCUGCCCUUUGGAGCUCCACUUCGAGAUGCACAAUUUCCUCCGCCAGCACAGAAGAUAGUAACUUCUGACCCCAGACAGAAGAAACAAGAAUUACUGGACUCGGGCGACCGGCCCUGGGUGGACGAACCGUUCGAAUCAUUAUCCCUAGAUCAUCAAACUAGAAUACAGGUGAUAGAAGAGUCAUUCAAAUUUUCACCACAGGGUCGUGAUUCCUUGUCACCUCCACCUGAUGGGACGCAGCGACCUAGUCAAUCCCUCGGGUCACUGCCUCCUGGUGCCCCACGUAGCCCACUACCUCCCACUCGACCAAUUGUCGCCCCACAGUUUGACAGGAAGUCCGCAUCACCACAACCUAGUCUCCAGUUCGAUAAGUCAUACCCUGGGCGGGAGAGUCUUCCUCCACACCCCGGUGGCCAGACCGGUCCGCCCCCUCACCAGUAUUUCCCACCUCGACCUGGAGAACCAUUCAGGAACCCUCAGCCGUACAGACCCCAACCACCUGGUCCUCCAUAUGGACUUCCAUACCCAAGUUCACCGUUUGGUCUUCCUUACCCAAGUGCACCCUUUCGUCCGGCGCCGCCGCAGUUUUUUCCGCAGGCGACACCACAGCUGUCUACAGCACCACCUCGUAUGCAUUACGCAGGUAUUCAUGGCCCUACCCCACCUGCGCUAGGUGUAACCUACUCUGGACAUCUUUCCCGAGCUUUGUACGGUAAAGAAGCAGACACGGCUACAAGUACAAUAUCGACGUUCCAACCGCCGAGCGGUACGCGAGACGAGUGUGUGAUGGAAGAGUUUGUCAUAGAGAAACAGGUGGAACAUCGGAUCGAAUUUUGCGGUGAUCUUUUCGGUGAAGAUCGCGAUGAUGGUGAUCACGACGGCUUGGAGCACAAGAAGAAAAAAGAAAAACAUGUACUCUCAAGUGAAACCUCCCCUGCGACGCCUCCUCCAACGCUCCGUGUAGACACAACAAGUACGACUUCUUCAACAGAACGAGCAAGGUCCAGUUCACCUGCGACACGUGAUAGAAUGCAGCCCGUGGCCAAAGCACAGUACCCGGUGGGAGACGCACCGGUCCUUUUAGCAGCGCAACCCGGGCCCCCUGGGCCGCAGCCAUUAGGCGAAGAGCAAAAAUAUUCAGCUGAGGAGACCCCGCCGUUCCUGCGCACCGCAUCAUCCAUCGAACAUUCGUCCAGCGUAGGAUAUUUUGUGAAUCGCGCCGGUGGCGAUGCAGACAGGCGACGGACGUCUCUAGAGACUACAAGCAAUGUAACUCGGACUUCGAAAGUGGCAACCAUCUUCCCAGAAAUGACCGUAGCUUGCUUCUUGUUGGCCCUACUGAUGGUACUGGUUUCUUCUGCGGCACUGCUUUCGUGGACCAGCACAAGGCAUCCCAAACUCAUUCCAGCAACCAAGGGUCUAGUCACACAGGCUGGACCAAUGGGACUACCGACAUUCCUAUUUUACCCGGAAGGCCCUGCUACUGUUCCUAGUCGGCCACACGCAUCCGGGUCGACUCACAUUCCGGUUCCGGGCAAGACAGACAGCACACUUCCGGGAGGAAGUACGGGACCUGCAGGCGAAGCCGAGCUCUGCAAUUCGGAGUUCUGCCUAUUGGAAGGGCAAAUGUUGACUCAACUAUUGAAUCCGAACGUCGAUCCAUGCAACAAUUUCUAUCAGCACGUUUGUGGUCAGUGGCCCGCUAUGCACAUGGAUACGAUAGCUGAGCGAAAGAGUGUGGAUGAACUCCUGUCCGGCAACAUUGAGCACCGCAUCGAAACGUAUUUGAAUGGGCCUGAGAACAGCACGCUGCGGCCCUUGUUUCAGUUCUGGCGCAGUUGCAAGCAGGCAGCCGCCAUCACCCCCCAGGAUAUAAAACAACAGCUCACACAAUACGGUCUUCACUUCUUGUAUCGCUCUGUGGUUACCGUGGACCAAGUAUUCACUGCAGCCGAAAGGCUGGCCAGGGACUUCGCUCUCUCGUCCAUCCUCACUGUGGAGCGCGACAGGGACCCCGAAGGAAAAUCAAAGACCAUCGUCGCAUUGAACGAACCGGAGUUCUUCUGGGGAAAAGGAUCCAUUGUAGGACCCAGGAACAUGUACCUUCAGACCCUGAUGCGACAACUCGCGACGUGGGCGUGUGCAGUUGUUACGUACAUAGAAGGACCCCAGGUCGACUAUAGUGCUGACUGCAAUAGCUUUUCGGUACUCGCUCAUGACAUGAUGAAUGUGUCCGUGGCUCAUUUACACAUGUCUGACAGAAUGAGCUUCUACGAAAUAAGGACCGUUAGUGAGCUGGGAGUACUUCGGAAGCUCGUCCAAGGCAUCCUCGGGAGGAAAUUGAACGACGGCACAAGAGUGCUGGUGAAGGCACCCAUGUACGUGAGGAUGUUCAACGAAUCGUUCCUUUACAGAAGGGAGGACUUGUACCAGUACAUGUCGUUUCACUACCUGGUGCACAUAUCACCGUUUCUGGGGGUGCCAGAUUUUCAGCCCUUGCUGGUGGCUACGCUGGGUGGUCACAGUUCAGUGACGUCCUCAAGAAACCACAUCUGUCUUCACUUGACUGAACGAAUUCUACCUAACCUCGUCCAGGUUGCUUACGAGGGCAUCUUCAGAAACACGCCAGGAUUUGACGAGGCGAUGGGCGACAUAAUGAUCGAAGAAGGACGCAAUGCUUUCCUGGAACACAUUGACGGCAUGAUAUUCUUCGACUCCUGGUCCAAGCUGAUCGCCAAGAUUAAGGCACGGAACACCAAGAUCUACUCCUUCUACCCAAUGGUGCUGUCAAAUCGGGAUAACCUCGAGAUCUAUGUCAAGAAGAUAGAAGCUGUGGUGAAUUACAACAGCCCUUUUCCGAAGUUUUACUCUGACUUGAGACGCUUCGUGAGCACCGUGGAAGAGUACGAUCAAACCAACAAAUUAUACGUUCCAAGGUGGAAACAUUCCAUAUUUGAUCCCGAUUGCAUGUACAGUCCUCAACGGCAAAUAGUUUAUGUGCCUGUCGGAUUUUUUAAUCUUUCCAUCCCCACGACACCUAAAUUGAGGAUGUUUCAUGUUCCGAAGUCUGUUCCCCGCCUGGUCAGCUGUUUCUUCAAGAUCCUAGAAGAAUACACCGGAAUCUACGAACUGGAAGGCGUCUGGUGGACGGAACGCACCAAGGCGGCGUUCCGAGACGUUGAGAAUUGCUAUGGCAAGGAAUAUUCCCCGAGCACCAAACACCACUUCAGGGUUACCGGCUUAUCGGAUGUGGAAGAUAACUUGGCCAUACGGAUAGCACUCAAGGUAUACGAGGACAGUCUCUACACAAACCGUUACCUGAACAAGGACUACAGGUUGGCAAACUUGCCGGCAGUAUCAUCGAGGCAACUGUUUUUCAUCUACUAUGCCCUGGGCCACUGCGGUGUACCAGAGACAUUUGACCCUAACGCGCUAGCAACCGAUCUGGAUUUCAAAGUGACUGCAAAUAAGAGCCCCCGUGAAAACAGGGUGAAUAUCCCGUUGAUGAACACCCAGGAAUUUGCUGAGGCCUUUCAGUGUCCGCGAGACGCGCCCAUGAAUCCAAUGAGAGGCUCCAAGUGCUCGCCUUGGACAACCUGAUCAGAACUUUUUGGGGACCAUCGACCAACAAGUGUGACACGCUCCUCAAUGUAUAGGAUAAAUGAAUGUACUUCCGUUGCUGUUCGAAUAAAAAAAAGAAAGCGUUCA